AUGGUGAAGCUGACAAUGAUAGCACGUGUCACCGAUGGCCUUCCGCUGGCAGAAGGGCUGGAUGACGGGCGGGAUCAGAAGGAUUCUGAUUUCUACAAGCAGCAAGCUAAACUUCUUUUCAAGAACUUGUCAAAGGGGCAACAUGAAGCCUCACGGAUGUCAAUUGAGACUGGAUCAUACUUUUUCCAGUAUCCUUUGUUAAUUAUAUGCAGUUACAUCAUUGAAGGCCGAGUAUGCUAUCUAACAAUGUGCGACCGUUCUUAUCCAAAGAAACUUGCAUUCCAGUACUUGGAAGAUCUGAAAAAUGAAUUUGAGAGGGUCAAUGGGAGUCAAAUUGAAACUGCUGCAAGGCCUUACGCUUUCAUUAAGUUUGAUACAUACAUACAGAAGACUAAGAAACUGUAUUUGGAUACCAGAACCCAGAGGAACAUUGCGAAAUUGAACGAUGAGCUCUAUGAGGUGCAUCAAAUCAUGACUCGCAAUGUUCAAGAAGUUCUCGGUGUCGGUGAGAAGCUAGAUCAGGUUAGUGAAAUGUCAAGUAGGUUGACAUCUGACACGAGAAUCUAUGCUGAUAAGGCAAAGGAUCUCAAUCGCCAGGCCUUCAUUCGGAAGUAUGCUCCGGUUGCCAUUGUGAUUGGGGUUGUAAUAAUACUGUUCUGGGCCAAGAACAAGAUAUGGUGA